AGGUUGUUCUGUGGUCUCGGGCCUGAAGACUAUGAGUGCGGCUGGCGGCCUUCGUCGCCGCGCGCGACUGUCACGCCUCGUGUCCUUCAGUGCGAGCCAUCGGCUGCACAGCCCAUCUCUGAGCGAUGAAGAGAACUUGAAAGUGUUUGGGAAGUGCAACAAUCCCAAUGGCCACGGGCACAAUUAUAAAGUUGUGGUGACAGUACAUGGAGAGGUACGUGCUGAAAACGGUGUGUGGAUUUGUGCAGAUUGCUGGGCCGUCUUCCAGACACUGGUGAAAUCUGUGUUGAAAGCUUGCGUUUCAGUUGCUUCACCGCUGGCCUUUCUGUGUGAUCGAUCCUGUUACAGGAAUGGUUAUGAAUUUGACUGACCUCAAAGAAUACAUGGAGGAGGCCGUCAUGAAGCCCCUUGAUCACAAGAACCUGGACCUGGAUGUGCCGUACUUUGCAGAUGUUGUAAGCACGACAGAAAAUGUAGCUGUCUAUAUCUGGGAAAACCUCCAGCAGCUUCUUCCUCGAGGAAUUCUUUAUAAAGUAAAAGUGUAUGAGACCGACAACAACAUUGUAGUAUAUAAAGGAGAAUAGAUCUUAGAGCUGAAUUAGAAAGACUGAUUGCUUUUCUUAUUUGAAAAAGCUCUUUGUCCCUUUAGAAUAUCCAGCAGUCACCACAUACUUGUGUCUGUACAUUGUGUUCUGGAUUGCCUGAUUGUUCACAUGACUAUAAGGUCCACAUUUAAAUGUAUUUAAAUAAAUAUCAAACUUUCAGUAUAUCCUGAAUAUGUUUUUAGUGAGGAAGCAGGGAAGAGCUGAGGACUGAACCGGGGCCUCACCCAUGCCAAGCACGCUGAGCUGCAUCCAAUCCAAUCCUCUCUGUGCCAUUUAGAGAUCUGCUGUCUAGAGAUUAAAAAUUAUUUCAUUCUCAGCAAAAUGUUUUGGUGUGGAAUUAUUUAGAGACAAAAUAAACCCAUUUUCAUUAUACGUA